GACCGAGAAGCCGGUUUGUUUAUAUCCGGGAACUUUCGGUUAUUUCUCCCUUCCCACUUCCGCCUCCGGUUGCCCCUUCCAAGAUGGCGACCAUAACAGAGUUGAAAGCAGUUUUAACAGACACGCUGGAGAAGAGAGGUACGCUGGGACAGAUCAAAGCAAGGAUCAGAGCUGAAGUUUUCAACGCGCUGGAUGACCAAAGCGAACCACGGCCAUCGUUGUCCCAUGAGAACCUUUUAAUCAACGAACUGAUCCGUGAAUACUUGGAGUUCAACAAAUACAAAUAUGCUUCAUCUGUUCUAACAGCAGAAUCUGGCCAGCCUGAAGUUCCGUUGGACAGAGAAUUCCUUGUUAAUGAAUUAAAUAUAGUUGAAGAUCCAAACAGCAGAUCAGUGCCACUUCUGUAUGGAAUUAUAAACCAGCUGUUACAUGGUAAUGAAGAAAAGGUCUGCAAUACAUUCCCCAGAGCACCUUCGUUACAGGUUUCGAACCAACCAACGAAAGGAGUCAAAUGGGCGCCGCUGCGGAGCCAGGAUGCAUAGCCGGCCCAAAGCUUGAAGAUCUGUUGAGUUCACGGGGCCUAAACAGAUAAAAUAAACCAUCAUGGGUCUUUAAUGCACAGUAGGUGUUUAUUUGUUACUGUGCAAAGUUUUAAAGAUUGAUUGGUAAAAUGGGUAAGGACUAUUUUGUAGAAGUGACAUUUCUAAUCAGCUUUGUGCUGUGGUUUCCUCUACAGUUCUAGUCCAAGGUAUAUUGUUGGUAAAAGGAGGGAUAUGUUAGUGUGGAAACAUAAGAAACUGUGACAGUUUUACAGCAUCAGUCUUCUCUUGGUGGGUCAGAAUCCAUUUAUUUUCAUGGCAUGAUAAAUAGUAAAUAAAGGGGGGGGAGCAGGUUUGGGCUAUAGGUGGGUCCGGGGUCUAAAAAUUAAAAGCAUCCAGCGUUUCAGCUCAGUGUCAUACUGAAUUCUAUUUUUGGUUCUUUGUACGUGAAUAAAAGAUAAUUUGCCUUAAA